AUGUAUGGCGGGAUCAAAGAUGGAGAGGGCGGUGGACUGUACUUUUCCCGGGAUUUCGCACCGCAAAUGGAAAACAUCCCGACCUACGACGCUCUCCCGCCCGUGGAGGGCAUGCCGGCCGGGUGCGCGUGGGGCGUCUUUGACAAGCCCGGAGAGCCAAAGGACGUCUACGGGACGCUGAAUCACCUGACGCCGGCGGUUGUCGCGGCGGCGGGGGCUGAGGUGCGGGAUGGCGUUUCGAUCUCGUUGAACUGGCCCCUGACGGCGCUCAACCACAUCCCGAUGCCCGGCCGGCGCAAGACGGUGCACCAGGUCCGCACGCUCGCGGAGCUGGGCAUGACCAAAGGCGCGGGGCUGGACGACGAGCUCGAGUUCAACACGCAGGCGAGCAGCCAGUGGGACAGCUUCGUGCACUGGGCGCACCAGGCGACGGGCGCGUCGUACAACGGCUUCAGGGCGACGGUGGACAACGUCGGCGCGUCGACGGACGCGCCCACGGUCGACAAGAUCACGGUCGAGGAGGUGGAGCAGGUGGCGGCCGCGCAGGGGGUCGAGUUCAGGCCCGGCGACGUGCUGCUGGUCCGCACGGGCGUCACCGAGGUCUGGGAGGCGCCGAGCCAGCAGGACAUGGCCAAGGUCAUGCGCGGCACCAUCAGCGGCCUGCACGGGGCGGUGGAGACGGUGCGGUGGCUGUGGGAUCGGCGGUUCGCGGCAGUGGUGUGCGAUAACAAUGCGGUGGAGGCGAUUCCGCCGGUCAAGGAGGAUGGGAGCGUUGCGGCGAUGGAGGAGAUGGUCAUCCAUCCUCACUGCCUUGGUCUUCUCGGCAUGCCGCUGGGUGAGCUGUGGGAUUUGAGAAAGCUGUCGGAGCACUGCGCAAAGACGGGAAGGUACUCGUUCUUGUUGACUUCGGCGCCGCUGAAUGCGGCUGGGCUGGUGGGAUCGCCCCCAAAUGCUUUGGCUAUUUUCUAG